GCUGCUACGACUCGUCAAAUUUCCGUGGUGGUCUGCUCAUUGUCUUCUGAAGAGAUCGUGACUAGGGGCCACUGGCCCUGGGGGUGAUCGACACCAGGAUUCUUUUCCUAAACGCUCUCGUUACCUUGCAAUAGUUGGACCAAAUGUCUUCUUCAUUGGACGAGCUUCCUGCCCAUGUUCGUCUGGAGACACACUCUACCGCUCGCAGCAAAGCAGUUGCCGCAAGCAAUAUCAGCCCAGGAUCAGUUGUGCUGGAAGUGCCAUCCAUGGUGGUUGUACUGCUCUCGUCAGACAAAGGUCACCGAUGUGAUUUUUGUCUCUGCUCAGGAGCAUCUGGGAUCAAGCUGGCCAGGUGUGCUGGCUGUGCUUCAUACUGGUAUUGCGGAUCACAGUGCCAAACUUUGCACUGGGGGUCGCACAAAAAGUUUUGCAAGAGACUUGCUUCCUUCAUGGCAUCAGCUGAUUUUCAAUGCCUGGAAGCGCACGAGCAACUGGACGCUUUGCUUCACACCCAUCUUAUAGCAGAAAUUUCGUCUAAUGCGCCCUCUGAUGUAAGAGCGAAGCAACUAUCCACUUUCAUGUCUCUGCUGCCUGGACCGCAGCAUGGCCCCCUCCCACUCGCUUGCCCCAUGUCUGUGGAUGUUGGUGUGCAUCAAAGCCUUGAAGCCCUUUUUGCGCGGUCUGGGAACAACAAUUUCGUAAUUCACAGCCAUCUCACUACUGUGGCCCAUGGCAUUUUCCCUCUUGCGAGUCGUCUUUUCAACCAUUCAUGCCUUCCAAACGCCGCUGCCAGAUACGUAAUUCGUCGAGGUCAGCCAGUGAGGAUGGAAAUUAUAGCUUUGCGAGAGAUCAAAGCCAUGGAAGAGAUUUGUAUUCCAUAUGUGGACCCUGCUCUGAUAGAAUCUCGUCAGCAGAUCUUCAAGUUCACCUACGGUUUCUCCUGUACAUGCCCAUCAUGCAAUUUCAUCAACACUCUUGGCGCAAUUCCUUCGUUGCCCGUCUCGGAGGUCGCACUCGCAAAAUUGGACAAAACUCUACAAACAUUCUGCAUUCCUUCUGGAGAUAUUGACAAUCGCACGUUGCUUGCGGGCUCAACUCUUCCAGAACUUCCAGAAAACCUCUACCCUGUGCUCCACGAAUCGUAUCUAUCGCGGCUUACAGAUGCCUUCAGCAAAUCUUCUCACGAGGGCUCUUAUCAUGCCGCUCUUGAUGUCGGGCUAACAGUGUUUGCCGUGUAUCUUUUAAUUUACCCAGAAAAUUAUCCACAAAUUGGUAUGCAUCUGCUGGAGAUGGCGAAGACAGCGUGGAAUGCUGUGAUAGCAACUGAUCAUGAUGAUGCGCGAGCUUCUUUCGCGAAGUCGUCCUUGCUUAAGCGGGCCCGAACUUACCGCGAUCUUUCCAGCAAAAUAAUGGAGGUGUUCGGUCCGGAAGGCGAUACGGCGGGUCCUCUUGAAGAGCUUGCGGUUUUGAAAAAUUUACUUCAUGAGGAGCUGGAUUGAACCCUGCAGGCGCG